AUGAGCACUCAGACGCUGGGCCCAUUGCCGCCACCGGCCAAUGCCCUGAGCCAAACUUCUGGCAACCUAAAGGCCGAUGGUAGGUCCAUGUCCUCUUCUCCGGAGAGGAAAAGUUGGAAGCCGAGGGGCGCCAAAGACAUCAUGCGCUUCACGACGCAGUAUCAGUGGCAUGCCAAGAAGCAGGAGCGCGAGCGGCGCCUAGCUUUCAAGACACAGGCGCAGCGCUCUCUGGGCAAGCUGCCUUCGAAAGAUUCGACGGGCGCCCACACAGGAUUGAUCUCCGAAGCCUUGUAUGACCCUGCGUCAAGAACUCGUUUUCUGUGUCCUGGCAGCUUCGAAGAGGAUCCCGAGCUGCAGCCCAUGGUGGCGCGGAUCAACGACCUGAAGCGGAUGCUGGGAGUAACGGAGGGAUACGGCAGCCGACCGGAGUGGGAAGUAUCCAGGACCAGUCCGCCAGAGGUGCAGAACUGGAUCUCCCAGACUUUGGCCUCCUUGCCGAAGCCCCCGGAACCCGAGGCGAAGGCACCGGAGCCGAAGCCUCGACCUAGAAAGGGUGGUCGUGGGCGCCGCCGAAGCUCCGCCGCAGGGCUCAUGGCGCAGAUUACGCAUGUGACGGACACGGACAAGGUGGGUCUGCUCCAGCUGGAGGGAUCAGGAGCUCGUGGCGAGGAAUGGGGCUUCCUGUCGGAGGCAGCGCAGUACCUGGAGCGUCUGAAGUCAGGCUUGCUCCUGUCCGAGGAGCAUGUACAAGCCAUCAAUCGGUGCUUCGACCGCCUCAAGAAUCCCGAGUCGAAGCUGCUGGCAAAGGAGCUGGUCCCCGAUGCCCUCGAAGUUCUCGGUGUCCACAAUCCCGACAAGCAAGCGGUGGCGAAGAUCACUGACGAGGUGGCACCGUACUCGCAGGUGGACUUGAACGACUUGAAAGACAUCUUAGAGAAGUGGUUGGACAAAGAGCGCCAGGAGAUGGAUGCCAUAUUCAGAUCCAUGGAUCAGGAUGCGAAUGGCAGGGUCUCUGUGAAGGAGCUUUGUCAGUACCUGGGGGCCGUCGGCAUAGUUCCCGUCCGCACACGUGUGAAAGAGGUGGUGGACCUGAUCGACAUUAACAAGAGUGGUACUUUAGAGUUUGAUGAGGUGGCCUACCUGAUUCUCCUGUACAGGCAAACCGAAGGUUUCAGCUUGAAGGAGGUCCAGGCCAUUCGAGGAAUUUGUGGAAGGGAGGCACAGGGGAGAAAAGGGUUGCCGUGCUUCAAGCUGAAGGAUGUCUUGCUGCUGUUCUUCGGGCUGCAUGGCCGAGAGAUCACAGACUUGCUGUGCAAGCAGGUCACGGAGGCACACCCGGAUCCGCAAUAUCUCAUGCCGCUCAGUGAAGUGCUUCUCUGGGCACGCCGAAGGCGUGACGCAGAGUUCAAGUUGUUCCAGCAGCAGUAUGAGAAGUUCGACACCAACCGAAGCGGCCUUAUUGAGUUCGCUGAGCUCACGAAGCUUGUCGGACAGCUUGGCUUCACCGUCAGCCAGGCGGCAGUACAGGAGCUUCUGCACGAAAGUGAGGACACCCUCUUCGGCGUUGGCCGCAAGGAUGGCAAGUUGGAUUUCGAUGAAUUCGUCAAUUUCAUGCUAAAGCUGCGCACCAGGGAAGGAUUUAGUUAUGCCCAAGUCAAGGAAUUCAAGGAGGUUUUCGACAAGUUCGAUGACAACGGCAAUGCAGAGGUGGAGGUUCUGGAGCUGGCAGACAUGUUGAGGCACUUGGGCCACAUCGUUAAACUUGACGAGCUCCAGGUGCUGAUCAGCCAGGUGGACUUCAAUGGAUCCGGUGCAUUAGAGUUCCAGGAGUUCUUGCGGCUCAUGCGCAUCCACCGGGAGGACGAAGUGAACACGAUUUACAAGGUGUACAAGGAGUUUGAAGAAGAGUCGAUUCAGGCCAUGCCAAAGGCUGGUCACACCGGGGAGAUAUGUCUGAGGAUCUUUCAGAUCUUUCAGGGCGCCCUGGCGCAGCAGGAGACUGCCGAAAUCAGCUCCGAGCUGUGCAACGGUUCGAGUUCCACAGAGAGGCAAGAGAAGUGGGAGGCUCUGGUGGCGUGGAUUCAUGCCCGAGGUGGCUAUGUUCAUUCCAACCUGGAGCUAACAGAUGUACAUCACGGCGGCAUCCGCAUGACGGGACUUGCCACAAGUGCACCUAUCCCGGAGGAUACAACAGUGAUGGAGCUGCCUCCCGAGACCCUCUUGAACCUGAAUCUUCUUUCCACGCUGCCAGAGUACUCAGCUUUUGCGGAGACGAUGCCAAACUGCACCCUCACCCGCGGCCUCCAGCGCUCUCUGCGUCAGCUGAAGGCAAUGAUGCUGCUUGCGGUGGAGAGGUCGAAAGGUCGGGCGUCGGACUUCGUCGCGUACUUCGAUCUUCUGCCAUCGCGUGCUGAACAAGAGGAGAGCGAUCUCUUCUUCGCAGGUGAAUCUAUCCUCGAAGACUUUGCCAUGCUGCCCGUCGUCAAUUUCUGGCGGCGGAUACAGAAGGAGCAGUACCAGGAGUUGGAAAGCUGCUUUCACAUCUUACGCGGCCUGCUUCAUGGAGUAGAGGUGGAGUGGAAAGAUGUGGAGGGCCUGCUUCGGAUCCACGGUAGUCGCCACUUCAAUGCCAAGCCUGCCGAUGUCGAGUUUCUGGCCCCAGCUGCGGACAUGGUGAACACCGGCAGACCGGAGCAGCUGAACCUCAGCCCGGCACUGAUCAUGUCAAGCCCGGAUGUGCCGCAGGCCACAUUGAGGCUUACCGCCUCGCGCUUCAUCGCUCCGGGAGAAGAGCUGAUCACCAGCUACUUCGAUAGCCUGGACAACGAGGAUGUCCUUUUCAGGUGGAAUAUGUACCUGGAGGGGAACCCCGAGAUACUGGAUGCGAGUGAUGAGCCAUGUUUCGACGAGCAGGGCACUUGGCGAUCAGCGACGCUUUCAAUGCUGGAGCCUGUGACCCAGGAGUUACCGGUGCCAAGGUGCAAAGCCGCGUCGCUGUCGCGUUUCCAGGGUCCCCUGCGCUGCUCCCUGGCGCGCCUGGCCUUCGAGCUCUGUGGGCAGCUGUGGACCAGCGGGGAACCGCCUCGCGCCCGUGGCCCCACGGGAGCGAAAGGUGAGCGUGUUGCCGCUUAUUCCAUCAUGCAUGCCAUGAUCCUGCGGAAUCGCGGUGAUCGGCCGGGGGCCAUUGCUGUGCUUCGGAGCCUCGCGGAGAGGGCCGAGCGCGGCCUCGCGGCAGAGUUGCUAGUCGACGCCUACCUCCAACUGGCUGAAUGGCUGAUGGCAGAAGACGUCGAGGAAGCCGAGAAGUGGGCCGAGGCAGCAGUGAGACUCCGGAACAAGGAUCCUAUGGUCCAUUUCAGACACGGCUCCAUCCAAGGCGCCAAGGGCGAUCAACUCCAGGCGCUGCGCAGCUUUCAGAACAGCCUCCGCCUGAGCGAGCAGGGCAGCCCCAUCCACGAAGAGAGCAGGAGGAUCGUCGCGGCCAUACAGGCCACACUAGGCUUGACCUCCGGACAUGGGAAGAGGCCACUGUCUGCAGGAGACCAAGAGGCCUCCACGACGGUGCAGACGUCCGCUCUCUUAGGUGACCUGUAA